GGUAUAAGAGCCGGGGUGGCGGGCGGAAACCGGUCUCAUUGAACGCGGUGGCAGCUCUCUGGCGGCGGGUGCUUUCUUCCUCGGCGGAACCGGGCCUACACACGAGCAACCAUGUCGAAGGGACCUGCAGUUGGCAUUGAUCUCGGCACCACCUACUCCUGCGUGGGUGUCUUCCAACAUGGGAAAGUGGAGAUCAUUGCCAACGAUCAGGGCAACCGAACCACGCCAAGUUACGUUGCCUUCACGGACACCGAACGUUUGAUCGGUGAUGCCGCAAAGAACCAGGUGGCGAUGAACCCCACCAACACUGUUUUUGAUGCCAAACGUUUGAUUGGACGUAGGUUUGAUGAUGCCGUCGUCCAGUCUGACAUGAAGCACUGGCCCUUCAUGGUGGUGAAUGAUGCAGGCAGGCCCAAGGUCCAAGUUGAAUAUAAAGGCGAAACGAAAAGUUUCUACCCAGAGGAAGUCUCUUCCAUGGUUCUCACAAAGAUGAAGGAAAUUGCAGAGGCCUAUCUUGGAAAGACUGUUACAAAUGCUGUGGUUACUGUCCCAGCAUACUUCAACGACUCUCAGCGCCAGGCAACAAAAGAUGCUGGAACCAUUGCUGGUCUGAAUGUUCUGAGAAUUAUCAAUGAGCCAACUGCUGCUGCUAUUGCUUAUGGCUUAGACAAGAAGGUUGGGGCCGAACGAAAUGUGCUGAUUUUUGAUUUAGGAGGUGGCACUUUUGAUGUUUCUAUCCUCACUAUUGAGGAUGGGAUCUUUGAGGUCAAAUCUACAGCAGGAGACACCCACUUGGGUGGAGAAGACUUUGACAACCGAAUGGUAAACCAUUUCAUUGCUGAAUUCAAACGAAAGCAUAAGAAGGAUAUCAGUGAGAACAAAAGAGCUGUCCGCCGUCUCCGCACUGCUUGUGAGCGGGCCAAGCGUACCCUCUCCUCCAGCACACAGGCCAGUAUCGAGAUUGACUCCCUGUACGAAGGCAUUGACUUCUAUACUUCUAUCACCCGGGCUCGAUUUGAAGAGUUGAAUGCUGACCUCUUCCGUGGCACUCUGGAUCCUGUAGAAAAAGCUCUCCGUGAUGCCAAACUAGACAAGUCACAGAUCCAUGACAUUGUCUUGGUGGGUGGUUCCACCCGUAUUCCCAAGAUUCAGAAGCUUCUGCAAGAUUUCUUCAACGGGAAGGAGCUGAAUAAGAGCAUUAACCCCGAUGAGGCUGUUGCCUACGGUGCAGCUGUCCAGGCAGCCAUUCUCUCUGGAGACAAGUCUGAAAAUGUUCAAGAUUUGCUGCUUUUGGAUGUUACCCCUCUGUCUCUGGGUAUUGAGACUGCUGGUGGAGUCAUGACAGUCCUUAUUAAACGCAAUACAACCAUUCCUACCAAACAGACUCAGACCUUCACCACCUAUUCUGACAACCAGCCCGGUGUGCUCAUUCAGGUAUAUGAAGGUGAACGUGCCAUGACUAAGGACAACAACCUUCUUGGAAAGUUUGAACUCACAGGCAUACCUCCUGCACCACGAGGUGUUCCUCAGAUUGAGGUCACUUUUGACAUCGAUGCCAAUGGUAUCCUCAAUGUCUCUGCUGUAGAUAAGAGCACAGGAAAGGAGAACAAGAUCACUAUCACCAAUGACAAAGGUCGUCUUAGCAAGGAGGACAUUGAACGCAUGGUUCAGGAAGCUGAGAAAUACAAAGCUGAAGAUGAGAAACAGAGGGACAAGGUAUCAUCUAAGAAUUCACUGGAAUCCUAUGCAUUCAACAUGAAAGCAACUGUUGAAGAUGAGAAACUCCAGGGCAAGAUCAAUGAUGAGGAUAAACAGAAGAUCCUUGACAAGUGUAACGAGAUCAUCAAUUGGUUGGAUAAGAAUCAGACUGCAGAAAAGGAAGAGUUUGAACAUCAGCAGAAAGAGCUGGAGAAAGUGUGCAAUCCUAUCAUCACCAAGCUGUACCAGAGUGCCGGUGGCAUGCCAGGAGGCAUGCCUGGAGGCUUCCCUGGUGGAGGAGCUCCUCCUUCUGGUGGUGCUUCCUCUGGGCCCACCAUUGAAGAGGUUGAUUAAGGCAACCUAAACAUACAUGUAGCAUUGUUCCACACAAGAAAACAUUUAAAGACCCAAAUUUAGCAACUUCUAUAGCAGCUUUUAAAAGUUAAGCUGCUGUAGUAAAUUACUGGGCAUUCUCAAUACUUGAAUAUGGAACAUGUACACAGGGAAAAAUAUAAACAUUGCACUUUAUAAAGCACUGUAUUGUAAGUGGAAAAUGCAAUGUCUUAAAUAAAUAUAUUUAAAAUUGGCACACAA